CUAUCCAACAUUAUCCAUCAUCUAUGUUGCGAUCCUGCCGGCCGCCUUGAGGCCUUCUCAUCCCACGAUAUGAAAUCCGAGGGCCUGCCCCUCGUGUCAUACGUGCUCGGGUGGGUAACGUGCUCCAUCUCCACCAGUGCGUUUCUUUGCUCCUUAUUCGCUACGAUGCGGCUGGUGGCACGAUACAGAGGACAGGGGCUUUCGUGGGAUGACGGAUAUCUCGUCUUUUGCGUCCUCGUCAUCUUUGCCAGCAAGUCAGUCUGCCACUUUGCGUGGUUGGCCGGUGUCGGUGAAGAAUUUUCGCAAAUCCCGUCGCAGGACCGGCAACAGGCCGUGUUCAUGAGCAUCCUGGCCACGUCGAUCGUUCCGUGGGAGUUCACGUUGCCCAAGCUCGCCAUCGUCGUCUCCAUCCAGGCCAUCAUCCCGACCAGCAAGAGGCGAUCCCGGAGCUGGAUUGCCGCCUGCGGCUUUUGCUUUGCGUUGAUGCUGUGCAUCAGCGUCUGGCAGUUUGCGCAGUGCAGGCCCGUGUCGCAGCUGUGGGACCCCGUGCCCGAUGGGAAAUGCGCCGACGCCAGAGUCAACGUCGCGUUGGCUUAUGCCAGCUCGCUCGUUUCGUGUCUCAUCGACCUGGCUAUCUGUCUCUACUACGUUCCUGUUUUCUUGGGCCUUCAGAUGAGCGCCAAAAACAAAGCCACCGUCAUUGCUGCCCUAAGCUUUGGAGCGCUUGCAUUCAUCGUGGCCAUGAUCAAGAUGGUUUUCCUCAAGAACCUGGCCCAAUUAACUGUGGACCCUACGGGCUCCAACGUCGCCCUAUACAUCUUGGUCGACGUGGAAUCCAUGAUGUUGAUGCUCGGCGCCUGCAUGGGCUCAGUUAUCAAGCUCCUCAAGCCGAAGCGCCGCCGAGGCACGAAACAGACCGAGAGUAGCAGCUGUUGA